UUUGGUAAUCUCUGCUCAUGUUGGGAACUUUAUUAACUUUAUUUAUAUUUUUUCAUUUUUAGUAGUAAGCUUGUGAUUUAUGAGCAUGGGACAUACAAACAACUACAGUCAUUCUAAAUCUUACACUAAUUAUUAAUCAUAACUUGUGAGAACUUAAAUAACUGUGGGAAUAUUUGUCAGUAAAAAGAUUAUCUUGAUGCAGGCACCUGAGCCACCAUAUAUCCAUAGCUGCUGGUCACAUAUCAUUCGGCCAUCUGCCUCUGAAAGACUGUCCAUUAUGUUUUGAUCAUUAGCAAUAAUAUUUUACAUAGAAUUACAGAGAAUUAGGUAUGUGCCUCCUUCAUUCACUAUGAAUUUACCUCUCACCAACACAUUGGGUUUUUUUUUUUUUUUUUUUUUACAUUAUAUACAGGAUGACACAUUACCAAAGACCCGCAUUCAUGUUCAUAAAUAUGUUCAAAAAUGUACAGAGUGACUAUUAUUUUUCUAAGAAUGUAGGUUCCAUAUGUUUAGGAAAUCCCCAGUUCAACCCUCAGCUGUCUGUGAUGACCACAGUGCUGCAUCACAUGAAUUUUUCUCUGCAUUGAUGUUUUUUGGUUACUUUGCAUACAUUGUGGCAGCUUCGGGCUUUACAUAUGAUCAAAUGACUGAUUUCUUUUAAUAUCAGUGGAAUAACAGCCCCAAUAAUCAGCAUUCAAGAAACUCAAACAGGUUUUGAUUUAGAAAAAAAUUAAAUAAAAAAAAUCACUACUUUGUUACAAUAAUCUUUGACAUGGAUUACAGUGAAAAAUGAUUUUGAAUGUCAGACAUCCAGAUAUAAAGUCAAUAAAUAGGGGACUAUACUGUCAAAACUCUCAUGUGAAAUGUAUUGGCUGGCUUACCACAGAGAGAUUUUGCUAUAGCUGUGUUAGUAGCACAGUUGAAAUAGGUAGUGAGAAAGAGGAAGUGAGCAUGGUUAAGCGGUAAAAGACUAUAUAUUCUCACUGCGCUCUUUACUUCAUGAGAGAGUGACUGUACCCAUUGAUAAGGACCAGUGAUGAAGUGCUGCACUUGCUGUGUACUGCUCAUCUUGUCUGUUAUGCUCUGUGGUCAAUCCAGGGUCAAAUGCUCUUCAGUGGACACUUUUAAUAUGAAAAUUAGGAACACAUCACAUAGCAUAGAUGUGUCCUGGGAGAAGCCAGAUAAACGAAAACGUGAGCAGUGUUACGUGACCCAUGUGCAGUACAAGAGCCUCUGUGAAACUUCCUGGAAGAAUCAUACUGACAUUACAGGACUCUCCUUUGUCCUGCCUGCACCAGAUAUGAAAAAGAAUUAUGCUUUCAGAAUAAGGAUGAGUCUAGAAUGUACCCAAAGGCUCUGGGGAGAAUGGAGUCCAGUAAAAUACUGGAGGAAUGACACAGCACCCUGCAUGGCAGACACCUCGUCGUUUACUGUAAAGGAUUAUCUGUUGAUAACGAUGCUGCCACUGGCGGGUUUCAUGCUUAUCUAUGCACUAACACAUGAUCGGGUAAGAAGACUUGUCCUUCCUAUAAUUCCAGAUCCAAAGCAUACCCAAGAGAGAAUUUUAAACAUUGAACAGAUUCAGUGGUGGAGCAACUUUGCACAAGCAUGUGAAGAUUGCAAGGUAUCAGAAAUAAAGAUCUAUGACAGGGAGGAGGAGAAGGUCGAAAUCACUCUCAUCAAGAGCGAUCUUGAUGAACAACCUACUCACACUGUUCCUGGAAAUCAUGGCUUUGACCUUGCCACAAAUAACAGCAUGAAUUGUAUUUACUCUGCUGAUACAUCUGAGGACAACACUGUUGCACAGUGUCCAGCGACCAGACCAGGCUACAUCAUUAUUUAAAUACUGACUUCGCUUAUUUAAGCAUGGAUUAGGAAGAAAAAAAUAAUAGUGAACAAGUGUGCUGCUAUGCUACUGUGCGAUUGUCUUAAGUUUGUCUACCUAUUAAACACUGUAUAGAUAUGUUUUCUAAUUUAUACUUAAACCUGCAUAUUUCAAGACUGAUCUACCAGGCUGUAAUUCACUUUUUUUUUGUUUUGUCUAAACACUUUUAUUCUUUACUCUUGACGAUUUACCGAAACCCAAUCCAGUUAUCUUGUGCCUGUGUGCAACAUUACAGCUGGACAAAAGAGGGCACUCUUACUAUUCGGACGAGUUUGAGGAUGGUUGAGGUGUAUCAAAGGCAGCGAGGAACACACUCAUCAUCAUCACAGCUCACACUAAAAGGAGGAUAUAGGUUAAUUUGAAUGCCGAUUUAAAAGAUUAAUGUAGCUGCCUGCAUAAUAGAUGUGUAGUUUUAGUGUGAUGGCAUCAAAAAGCCAGGGCAGGAAGGAUCUGCUUCUGCAGUGUGCUCCUUACUGCCAUGACUGAUGAGAAAGGAAAGCAGGAAAAUAAACACAAGCAGGACAGGAUAUUCAAACACUCAUUAGGAGACACCCAUAAAGUUAAUGAGUCUGGUUUGCGCUUAAGUUUUCACAGAUUGAUCAGUGUUUAUAUUGCAUGUUGUCGGUGUAAUAUUUCUCUUCCAUGCACACAGAGCAGACAUGGGGCAGGCAAGUCUAUUUUAAUGACAUAUCAAUGAGAUUUAUAUAAUAUAACAUUAACAAAUAUAUCUUUGUUUAAGCAAUAUUUGAGGGCUUUUAAUACAGCUCAUUAGAAUCUUCUGAAUUCUACAUUGCAUAGUGAAUGAACCCUUCAUGAAGUGUGCAUCUUGCCAUAUUUGACACAUUAAUAAGGAGCUUCCUUUUCACA